CUCACCAAUCAGUGCACAGGGGAGUGUCUCCUCACGCCCCUAGCCCCACUCGGCUUGGUUUGGCUCGCUUCAGCCCCACUCCAAAACCAUGCGAGUUUUGGGUGCUGAGUAGGGCUGAAGCGAGCUGAGUCGUGCUGCUCUGAGGUAGUCGAAACGCGAGCCGUGUCGGGCUGAAGUGAGCUGAAAAAGGGUAGUGGAAAAGGGCCAUGAAUAUGGUCUUGAUACGUCAAAGCGUUUCCGUGAUAUGAGCUCACCUCCUGUUUGGUGGCUUCGCCAUCGAUUUUGAUUGGCUGCCACGGGCGAACGCUUCGACGUAUGAGAGCGAAACGAAUAUCAUUCAUUAGGCAUGGACUGGAGAUCAUGUGUGCCAAGUUUCGUGAUGAUUGGACAAAACAUGCGGCCAGGGUCACUCUACCUUCACUUUGGACAAAAUUCAAAAUGGCGGAAAAUCUAAUUAGGCGGAGAAUGACGUCAUAGGGUGCGUUGGAAUCGUCUAGCUCCAAGGAGUCCAACGGCACCAGACUUAUGAAAAUCGGACAUACGGAUCAAAAGUUACGUGCAUGAACGCAUGUAAGACUGUGAUCAGUUGGUGGCGCUAAAGCGUGAGACGUACCAACAUGAAACUUGAUUAAAUCAAUCAGGGCCCACUCCUCUAUCAGUGUACCAAGUUUCAUGACUUUACACCUUACGGUUUGGCCUACAGAAGGAAAAAUCCCUUUGUUUUGCGUUGCGCGUCCACUCAUUUCAAUGGGGAAAAAAUUAAUCCUUUAAAAAAAUCCAGGAUCCAGAUCACCGCCAAAAUUUAAUGGAUUGUUACUUGUGCCCAGUCACACCUCUGGAAAAAAUUUCAGAGCAAUCCGUUCAUUACUUUUUCCGUAAUGUUGCUAACAAACAAACCAACGCUACCGAAAACAUAACCUCCUUGGCAGAGGUAAUAACUAGCUAAAACCUCUGAUUAUUUACUACUUCAUCAGGAUUACAUUAAUGGCGUUUAGCAGACGCUCUUAUCCAGAGCGACAUACCUCAGGGUUGGGUGCCUUGCUCAAGGGCACUUCAGCCAUUCCUGCUGGUCCAGGGAAUCGAACUGGUGACCUUUUGGUCCCAAAGCUACUUCUCUAACCAUUAGGCCAAGGUUUCCAUCUGAGGAUUGUCAGAUGGCACAGUGAUUGAUAGCAACGUUGUCAUGGCAACAUAAACCUGCCCUAUUCAUACAGGAUUAGUUUUUCACAGGGAUGUCAGUCCUGUAAUUAUUACCCGAGGAUCUCUGGGAUCAUCUGAAUCCAUCAUGCCAGUAUUUCUUACAGUCUUGACAUAUAAGCGUCUAAAAAGAUUAUGCUGUAUUUUACCUGAAAUGAGCAGUAUUAUAUAUCCUGUCUGAAUGGACAUGUUGGUAAACAUUGUGUUAUAUAGUGUAGUAAGAGAGGUUUUGAGCUUUUUCAUCAGUAUAAAGACACUCCAGGGAGUGUGCGUGCUUUUCUAUCGUCUGCCACCGAAGCGGAGUUUAAAAUGCACAACAAUAAAGUAUAGAUGACCUGCUGGAGAAGCAACAUUAAAAUGCUUUUUUAAAAAAAGCCCUGACACUACAACUCGCGAUGCUUUGCGAUGAAAAUGAGGCGUUUGCUGGCGAUGCUUCCCCGAGUUUCGACGUAGACCUGAGGCAUGUCUGCUGUGAAGGUGAAUACCAAGAAAGAGGAAAAUGACGAGCCCAUGUCAGAAAUCUCUGGGCUUCUAACGAGCAAGCCAGCAUUUUCUCCUGAAGGGAAUGUACUAGAAGCAUCAAUGCAGUACCCACACGAGAACAUGACACCAAACGGUGACCAAGCAGAUCUGCUAAAACAUGUUAGUUUUAUUGACUCCAUCUGUGUUGAUGAGCCUGCCAAAGCUACCUAUGUCAAUGGAUCAGCUUCACCCAGCAUUUCACAAGAAAUGUUAUUGGACAUCUCCAAGUCAAUGCACACACAAAAUUCUACCAACACACCCACCAUCCAGUUAGAUGACUGUGAUCCACUUCAAAAAGAUGGAGAAAUGUCUGUAAGACAGUUGGUAACAGCUGAAGAUGUGGAAAAUCGGGGCAUAUGGGGCUUUGAUGCGGAUUCUCCAGAGAAUUCAUUGGACAGUUAUGAUGAUGGAGAUGAUCUCGAGUGGAAUCCCCAGAAAGAGUUUAUGAAGUUUCUGCUGGAGGAUCAGGACUGUUCUGAAGCGGAGGCUAAAAUUCCUGCUGCUUCGUCUAGAAGAAAGUAUAAACUGGACAAGGUGGUGAUUGCAAAUCCCACAGAAAACUCAAAAAAUGAUCACCUUGGUGAGGGCAGUCAAAAAGAAGUAGACCCUGAAUAUAAACAAUCCAGAAUGCCUUCACCAGUAUCAAACAAGUCACAAUACUCAAACGGAACAGCAGUGGCCUUCCAACACCUUUUACAGAAACCAGCAAAAAUCAGGAAGAAUAGUCAAAAGCCUGGAUACGUUAGAGAAAAUCUGUUGAGAGACUCUGGCUGGGAGGAAGAACCUGCAUUAUUUCCCAGCAAUAGCAGUUUUAAGGACAAAUCUCAUUCACAAACGUACACAAAAAACGGUUCAAAUCAAAAGCCAUUCAUAUGCAAAGAGUGCGGAAAAGACUUUUCUAAUCACACCUCACUCUUGAAACACAUAACUGUUCACCAGACAAACAGACAUCAGUUUGUCGAGGGGAUUACAGGAGCAGAUGAAAUACCGAACGAGGGCAAAGAUGCAAGCUUACAGUGUCCCCAGUGCAAUUUUGGAACUAACUGCCCCAAUACCUUUGUCCAACAUGCAAAAACGCACGAGAAAGACAAGCGGUAUUAUCCCUGUCAAAAGUGCAACUUCUUGGCAGCAAGUAAGCAUGAGCUAAUUGCUCAUAUGCUUAGCAAGCAUCCUGUCAAUGAUGCCCAGCGUACGAAAGUCGGAAGGCAAGAUGUAUUACAGGGACAAAAAGGUGGCAAGUCAGAUAGAAAACCAAACUUGGGAAGGAAGCUCAAAUCUUUAGACAAAGAUUUGCUAUUCUUACACGACUCAGAAAAUAGCAGCUGUUCAUCACCUGAAAGCGAAGCCCAACAAUCAUCUAUAGAAGCUGAAGACUCGAAUGGCCUUUUGCAAACAGAUAAAUCAAACUCAAAAGACACUGCCGAUGAUAAAUUGGACAGAAGUGAAUCAAAACUUGACAGAUCAAUUCACACACUGCUAUCUCGAAAGAGGAAUCGUGAUUCAGAAAGCAAGUCUACUCCAAACUUUGACGAAAUUAGUGUUUGGGCUGGGAGCGAUUCCUUCAAUCCAGAAGAGGGAUCACCAUCCCCUGCCAAGUGCAAGGGGGAACUAUUUGCACUAAAGGACGACAACUCGGUUUGCACUCUCAAAUCUGGUGGUCAAGGAUUCAGCUGUAAGAAUGAUUGUUCGAAAGGGGAAAAUUCAAGCACUAACCACAAACAUGUCCCGUUGGAGAAGCCAACUUUAAAGAAGUCCCCUUCCAAAAGAAAAAUGUCCACUCCAUUCCACAACCUACAAGGCCAAGAUAUUCUGAUUGAUUUUCCCAAAUGCAGGCAAAUCUUCCAGAAAAGCUCCGGCCUCUACUUUAUUAAAAAAUGUGAUGCUAAAGAUCGUGUACGUAUCAGCAACACCACUUUUAGAAGCCCAAAUGCCUCGUGUGACCUCUCCAAGCAAGAACCAGGUUUGCUACCAACAGUUUCUAUAAAAGAAGAAUGUAUGGAAACAGAAGUCUGGGGUGAUCCCAGCGAAUCGGAUUCUGUCAUGAAAAACGGGGAUUUCAAGGUCACUCUGAAGUCUUGUCCCUACUGCCCGGCUGUGUUUCAGUCAGGGAUUGGUCUCUCCAACCAUAUACGAGGGCAUCUGCACAGGGUGGGCGUAAGCUAUAAAGCACGUCACGUUGUGUCUGUAGCCCAAGUGGCUUUCCAAGAUAAAGUGCCUCCUGUUCGGCGAAGGAUGGCAGCGAUACCUCGAAUUAAAACAGAGGUUGACUUGCCAUUGAUCGAGCAGCAUUCAGAGCCAAAAUCGGAGCUCGUAUGUCCACUAUGUAGGGAGUUGUUCGACAACAAGAAGGGAUUAUCCAAUCACGUUCGGGGCCAUCUGAAGAGGCUGGGGAAGCCAUGCUCUACAGCUACAAUCAAAUCACCCGUGCUCCUCCUGAAGGAACUGAUGCGUGACAAAAAGCAGUUCCAGAUUAGAUUACAGGCUCUUGAAAAGAAGUUGAAAGGCCGCCGCAGGAACUCUUUAUAUCCCGUCAAAUUUAGUAAUGGUGUCAUUAUUUCUUCGGCGAAAGUGCAGCGUUUUGCACAAGGUGGCAAACGACAUGGACAUAUUUCCUCUCGAUUGGCGGAGGAAAAGAAAAGGACAGAGUGUAAUAAAGAUGCAAUGAAAGGAUCUCCAUCGAGCGAUCUUAUAGGAAUUCUAAAAAAGAGGAGAGCUCAUGAAGAGGCCAAAGUGAAAACGUUGCCCCAGACUGCGAGGAAAGCUGCUCUUGUUAAUCCAGUUAAAGAUCCAUCAGCACAACUACCAAACUCAGUAUCAGAGAAAAAUGAACUCAACAGAAAGGUUUGCAUUCACUGUAACACAACUUUCCACAGUGGAGUGAGCCUCUCUAAUCACUUGCGGGCGUACGCACGACGAAAAAGAAACGCACUUUUGGAAGGAACAACUUAUGACUGUAAAAGGAAGCAGAGGUCACGGUCACGGAAGAAAACUCAUCCGUUGCUACAUACUCCUGAGGAAAUCUAUAGACUCACCUGCAGGUUUUGUGAUCUGGUCUUCCAGGGCCCGCUUUCAGUGCAGGAGGACUGGGUGAAGCAUUUACAGAGACACAUCAUGAACACGGCAGUGCCGCACACGGGCGCGGCCAUGGUGGAGGUCACCUGCUUUCCGAAAGACACAAACACGCACACGCACCCACAGACGUCCUCAUAAGGCCUGUGACCCCAGUGCCCUUCGUGUAAAUGACUUUUUUUUUCCAUUUUUAACUCCACAGGAGUUUUUACAUGUUGAGUAACGAGUCGAUGAUUUUUUCCAGUCAUCAGCUCACAGUGACGUUCAACUCUUUAACAUGACAGUUUUUAUAUCGCGUUACAUCAUCCUGGUAUUUUAUAGGACUCAUUUAUUGAUAAUAUUCUGAUUUCAGUGGCGACCAAGACACCAAAAUACAACUGUUACCUCAGGCGCUUGACGUACAGUGGGUUUUAUUUAAGGAAUUAAAAAAAAAAAAAAAAAGCUACAAAACCUGUAUGGAUUUUUAUUGCAGUCCAUUUUUUAAAAAUACAAAUUCUGACCCAGUUUAACAUUUUAGCCCUCAGACUUCUUGAACAUGUAUGGUGCAAAUGUAUAAAAAUAAAUAGUAGAUAUAUUUCCAUAUUACUUUUUUUUUAAUUCAUAUUUUAUGGUUAAUGUGAAAUAAAAUCCUGUCAUUAUUUUAGUUUGUUAUAACGAGACAUGUGCUGAUGAUGAAUAAUGAUAUCACAGAGGCUGCCGGAUAUUUUAACACAAUUUACAAUAUCACAACUGUGAAUUAUUUUAUUUUAUUUCCCCCAAAAUAAGGAGCACAGCUAUAGCUGGUCUUAUGAAUUGGACAAACACAUUUUCUUUAGUUUUUAUACCUCUAUACUGAUAUGUGAAAUAUUGUGAUGUAUCGUACAAACGAUUAUCGGCACAUUCUUAGUUAUGACUCUCCAGGGGUUUUUUUUGUUUUUUGUCGGAUUCGGCUCGCACUCGUCUCAUCCCCUCACUUGGAACAUCAUUCAUGAAUCUGUAACGUACCGUUCUACCAUUUGUGCUGGAAAACAAAAGAGCCGUCAACUAUUAUUCAUGUUCAGUUAUUUUUUAUGAACAAUUUUAAGUAAUUUAUGUUGAAAUGUAAAUGUUGAAAGAUUUUUUUUGUCGUGAGGAAUAAAAAGAAUUUUUCGA